UUCUCUAAUCGCAGCAUAAGCAUCGCACUGCACCAGGAUGGCCGCCAUGCUGAAAAUCCACAAAAACUUUGUCAUCAUACUUGAAGCCUUGAGCUCUUCGCCAGUCAUAAACAAUGAUCCUUCAGGUCGGCGGAGACAAGAGACACAAGAUAUACAGGUUAAUGUGACUCGAUGGUUGCUGGUACAGUGCUUUAGUCUGACUAAAUGCCACUUGGCUUAUCUCUGGGUCUCAGUGGGUCCGUGGCCUGCUCACUUCCGUGACACGUCACAACAGUUGCGUAAACAUCCCGAUUGCAAUGUAAUCAUUAUGUCACAACAGGUUAUGGGAGAAGAUGUCGUCUGUUAGGAUUUUGCUGCGAUUGACAGUCGUAGCUUUAAUAUUUGUAAACAGGCUUUUUAUCUCACUGCAUUAGCCAUCCAACUGGUAGCAGACUAGGUGCACCAAGAAGACUGCUUAGAGAGGGCUGUCACAUGGUAUUUGAUAGUCCACAAUCCAUACGUUUGUUGUCUCUUACACACACCAAAGAGAUUGUGAUAUAUAUAUAUAGUUAACUCUCUUUUUUAAUAACAACAUCAACACAUCUUUUUAACGCCAUCCUGGCAGAAAGAAACUAAACCUUUACACUCAAGGAAACGGUGACACCCACUAUAUUCUUUCUCAUAUUCUUCUUUAUUUCCUCUGUCAGGCAAAGUUUUGAGCAUGUAUCUUACUCGUCUUCCUGCGGUAUAUAACAACGGUGCUCAUCUUUGUCUCUUGCUGGUAUGAAUUCUUCUAGCCAUGGUGUCUACUGAACGCUUAUCGUAUUCGUGUCACCCAUAGGUUCGAAUGGUGGUGGUCUGUCAAGCAACUCGUCGCUUUCCCCAGGAUACGACAGAAUGGUAAGAAGAAAAAGUGAAAAUGCCGGAACUUCCUCAUCAAAGAAGAGGCGGAUUGAACAGGAUGCUGAGGAAGAAGAGAUGGAGAGUGAAGAUGAAGGAACCGAAAGUAAUGUCAACACAUCUCCUAAUAAAGAAGCAGAGGUUGGCAUUGUAGAGAGGGUGAUUCUGAAAAACUUCAUGUGUCAUGGACGACUGGAUAUUAAAAUGGGACCCAAUAUCAAUUUCAUCAUUGGUCGGAAUGGAAGUGGAAAGAGUGCAGUUGUGACAGCCCUUGUUGUUGGUUUAGGUGGAAAAGCAUCAGUAACCAAUAGAGGAAGCACUAUCAAAUCCUUUAUCAAGUCUGGAAAACAGACUGCAGAGGUGGAAAUUCAGAUCCGAAAUCGAGGGACAGAUGCAUUCAAACCAAGUCUGUAUGGAGAUUCAAUUAUUGUUCAGCGCAAGUUCACGGCUGAUGGUGGGAGUCGAUAUGUCCUCAAAAGUCAUGAUGAUCGAGUGGUGUCCGAGAAACGAGAAGAACUAAUCCACAUGCUGGAUCAGAUGAACAUCCAGGUGGAGAAUCCAGUAGCCAUCUUAAACCAGGAUACUUCCAGAAACUUCUUGCACUCUAAAAGUCCCCAGGAUAAGUAUAAGUUCUUCCUCAAAGCCACGCAGCUGGAACAGAUGCAGCGAGACUAUACUUUUGCUACAGAGCAGAAGAACAUCACAAAUGCCAUCAUUGAACAGAAAGAACGGACCAUGCCUAAGCUCAGGGACCAGGUACUUCAGUGGGAGCACAAAUUCAAAAACUUGGGAGCUUUGUCUGACCUCAAGGCUAAAGUAAAGGCCUUAAAAAAUGAAAUGGCCUGGGCUUUUGUGCUUGAGAAGGAGAAGGGUCUGGAACCUCUGCAAAAGGCUCUGCGGACAGAGGAAGCGCGACUGCCCAAAUUUGUGCAAAAAGUUGAAGAAAGCAAAGAAAAGAUGAAAGCUUGUGAAGAAAAUCUUAAGAAAAAAAAGGAGGAGGUCCUACGUAUCACUCAGGAAGUAGAACGAUUGAUGCCACAACUGAAAGAACGCAGAGAUGCUUUCAGUACUUCCAAAGUAGAACUGCGCAGUGCUUUCAAUGCAGUGAGCAAUAUCAAUCGGGACCUUAAAAGUGCUAUUUCAGACAGAAAACAACUUAUGGAGAGGAUUCAUGAAUUGCAAAAGUCGGCGCAACAUGACUAUGAAGCAGAACGGUUGGCACGGCAGCAUCAUAUAGAGAAACUUGAGGGAGAACUGCGAUCAGAAGAGGCUGAGCAUCGAGUUGCUGAACAUGAACGGGAACAGUUCCAAGCUGCUGUUUCCAAAUACAAAACAGACAUCUACAAUCUUGAGCGGGAUCUGCGAGCCAAACAGGAAGAGAUCAAUCAAUGUCAGCGUAAUCUCCAAACCUUAAAAGAUGCUCGCAGCAAUCGUGUCAAACGCUUUGGCAGUUGGGUGCCUUCUGCACUUGAGAAAAUUGAGGAAUGGCAUCGUCAGGGACGGUUCCAUCGCAAACCUCUUGGUCCUCUUGGUUCCUGCUUCCAGCUGAAGGAACAAUGCUGGAGUGUGGCAGCGGAGGCUUGCCUUCGUGGACUGAUCCACUCAUUUGCCUGUCAUGAUCAUCAUGAUGAAAAACUCUUAGAGCAAAUCCUGCGAGAAGUUGCUCCCCAUGGACGUCGUCCUUCCAUCAUCACUGCAAAGUUUAGAGAGCGGGUGCACGAUGUCUCCAAAUUUCGUGUGCGAGACUCCCCAUAUCCCGCUGUCUUAGACGUCAUUCAGUGUGAUGAUCCAGUGGUUCUCAACACACUGAUAGAUCAGCGUGGAAUAGAGAACAUAAUCCUUAUAACAGAAGCAGCUGAGGCACGCAACGUCAUGAUGCAUCGACCCCCUUCCAACUGCAAUGAGGCUUUUACACGAGAGGGUGACCAGUUGUUCUGUCAGCCAACAUUCCGAUAUUACUCAUCUGACACCAGUAGUGCACGCUGUUUUCUCACCUCAGAUGUGGAGCGAGAGAUUGUCGGCCACGAGAAAAUUCUGGUUGGAUUGAAUCAGGAGGUGAAGAAGCUGCAGGAUCAGAAGGUGGAGCUGCAGAAUAACAUUCGGAGUAAUCAGCAAAUGGAGAAACGAUGUGAAACUAAACUUAUGAAACUUGGGGAGAAAAUAUCCAACCUGAAAUAUGAGCUGAAGGAAUUGCGCAGUGUAGAGGACCCUGUACCUGUUGACAUCUCCACUCUGGAGGAAGAUGUAGAAACAUACAGUCAACAGAUCUUAGAGUUAGAGGAUAGAAGGGCACAAGCUGAGGCCUUAAAACAAGAGAAACAGCAGCAGUGUAAUGAUGCAGAAACCCAUUUUCAUGAAAUGGAGGCUCAGAUGAAGGCACUUACAGACAGUGAUCUGCCUCUGAAGGAAGAAUUAACCAGUUUCCAAAAUGAUCUUGACGUUGCACUUUCGCACAAGCGGCACUACCAGACCAAGCUUAAAGAGCAAGAAAAAAAUAUUGAAGAUCAUAAGAAGAAUGUUGCUGCAAUGCAGCAACAGAUUCAGGCAGAUGAAGCCAAAGCAGCUCAGAUUUGCCCUGAGCGAAUCAAUACACGUCGCACCCCUCGUAAUCUGGAAAGUGAAAUCAACCAGAUCAACAUCCGUAUCACCCAGGAAGAGAAAAGCCAAGGAAAUCCAGAGGAGAUAACACGUCAGUACAAUGAGACACAGAUGGCGUAUAAAAAGCUGAAUAAAGAAGUAAACCAGUUCAAACGGUUUCUAGAAAAGUUGGCUCAAGCUGUAGUCAAGCGUGAAGAAGCCAUUGGCGAGUUCCGACUGUCUGUGGCGCUGAGAUGCAAGUUGUUCUUCCUCAAGAGCAUAAACAUGAGGAACCAACAGUAUAACAUACGUCUGCGGUUCAAUCACCAAAGAGAAUCGUUGGACAUGUUGGUGUCCCCUACAGAGCAGACUGAUGUUACCAAAGACCUGAAAUCACUGUCGGGAGGUGAGCGGUCGUUUGCAACAGUGUGUUUCAUUCUCAGUCUCUGGAAUGCUAUGGAAUCUCCCUUUCGCUGUUUGGAUGAAUUUGAUGUCUUUAUGGAUAUGGUAAACCGGCGAAUCUCAAUGGACAUGAUGCUUCAGGUCGCAAAGACACAAAAGGAUCGACAGUUUAUCUUUCUCACCCCACAAGAUAUGAGUCAACUCAACAUUGGACGAGAAUGUCGCAUCUUUCGUAUGCCUGAUCCUGAUCGUACACAAGGCGGACAAACAACUCUAACCUCUACUCAGGAAUAGGAGUGCUCAUCAAAGCAUGUGAACUGCAGAGUGCACUUUGCAAAUUUGAAAAAAAUGGAAGUGCCGAGAGACAGUGUGUGAUUUAGAUAAAUUUACAUGCAAUGUUCUUGCAUAAACUGUAUUUCAUUGUGAGUAAAGAAACAGUGAAGGACCUUCAGAACUGUUGCUAUACUCGCACUUAUGUGCAUAUAUUUGUGCUGUUGACAAAGAACUGCUGGAGCUUUAUUUUUGGUGCUAGCCACUCUGAAUUUGACAUUCUCAUUAAGGGUUUAAUUGAUGUUAAUGUUUGUAACGCAAUACACACAACUUCUACGUUUCUAGGCAGAUGAUCAUCCAAUCACUUGUUUAGAUAAUUUUAACAUCAAUAUUACACGGUCACUUAGCAGACACAAAAGAAAUAAAGGCAAGAGCAUGGCUUAAUAAGCAUGUCUACUGCAUAUACAGUAGGGUCACAUCUGUAUAUUUCUCACAGUGUGACACUGUGGUGAUGGAAUUACAUCAAAAUACAGUACAAACUAAAAAUUAAAGGAGUUUUUGUUAAGAUUUGUCUCUGCAGUAGAAUUUAUUAUUGCUGCUAUUUUAUUUCUACAAUAAUCCAGAGAAAAUUCUUGGAUUUUAAGAAAGAAAAAUUGAAACCCAUCAUAGUAAAUGAGGAGCCCAUCAAAAUUCGUUUCACCCUGUUUUCACUGUUUAUAUUUGAUGUAAGAAAGAACAGAAUGCAAAAUUAUUUCUCCGAGUUAUAUUUUCAAUUAUUUUUUUACAUUGUGUGAUUGAAGAGAUACUGAAAGAUUAUGGAACUAUAUUAUAUCAACAUUAUUAAAAUGUUCUGGGUUGUCUUUA